AUGACUCUCCAAGCACCAGACCCGACCCAGAUCCACUGGUGCUGUGUCUGUCCCCGCUCCCCGACCCUAAGCAGAGCGGCCCCCUGGAGCUGCCUCCAGUCUCUGGAGCCCCAGCAGCCUUCAGCCGAGCACAGUGACAGUGACCCAAGGCUGAAAGGCCAGCCCUGCUCCCCCGGUUUCCCGAGACGGAACAGGACAGCGGGCAGCGUGCUGCACUUGGAACUGCUGGUGGUCGUAGGUCCCGAUGUGCACGAGGCCCACCAGGGGGACACAGAGCGCUACGUGCUCACCAACAUCAACAUAGGGUCAGAGCUGCUGCGGGACCCGUCCCUCGGGGCUCAGAUCCGGGUGCACCUGGUGAAGCUGGUGGUCCUCUCAGAGGCACAGGAUGCUCCAAACAUCACAGCCAACAUCACCGAGUCACUGCUGAGCGUCUGUGACUGGAGCCGGGGCUUCAGCCCCACAGAUGACACGGAUCCCGGGCGUGCGGACCUGGUCCUGUACAUCACCAGGUUCGACCUGGAACUGCCGGAUGGCAGCCGGCAGGUUCGGGGUGUUACCCAGCUUGGGGGCAUCUGCUCCUUGUCGUGGGGCUGCCUCCUCACUGAGGACACUGGCUUUGACCUGGGAGUCACCAUCGCCCAUGAGAUCGGGCACAGUCUCGGCCUGGAACACGAUGGCGUGGGGGACAGCGGCUGUGGGCCCAGCGGCCACGUGAUGGCGGCUGAUGGCGCCCCGAUGGCUCGUGAGGGUCCCGCCUGGUCCCCCUGCAGCCGGAGACAGCUGCAGCAUCUGCUGAGUGCAGGAGGGGCACGUUGCCUGUGGGACCCGCCGCAGCCUCAGCUGGAGCCCCCUGGACACCCAGUGGACGCACAACCCGGCCUCUACUAUGACACAGAUGAGCAGUGUCGUGUGGCCUUUGGCCGCUCUGCGGUUGCCUGCACCUUCGCCAGGGGCCACCUAGACGUGUGCCAGGCUCUCUCCUGCCACACAGACCCCCUGGAUCACAGCAGCUGUAGCCGCCUUCUCAUCCCACUCCUGGACGGGACCGAAUGUGGUAAAGACAAGUGGUGCUUCCAGGGGCACUGUCGCUCCCUGGCGGAGCUGUCCCCUGUGCCUGCAGUACAUGGGCACUGGUCCAGCUGGGGGCCCCCCAGUCCUUGCUCCCGCUCCUGUGGGGGAGGUGUAGUUACCAGGAGACGGCACUGCAACAACCCCAGGCCUGCAUUCGGGGGGCGUACGUGCCCAGGAGCUGACCUGCAGGCCGAGCUGUGCAAUGCCCAGGACUGCGGGAGCAGCCAGCUGGACUUCAUGGCGGAGCAGUGCGCCCAGACCGACGGACAGCCUCUGCUCCUUCCCGAGGGUGGCACCGCCUUCUACCACUGGAGCUCAGCUGCACAGUACAGCCGGGGGGACACUCUGUGUAGGUACAUGUGCCGGGCAGUGGGCGAGCGCUUCCUCAUGCGACGAGGGGACAGCUUUGUGGACGGGACACGCUGUGUGCCGAGUGGCCCACGGGAGGACGGGACCGUCAGCCUGUGCGUGUCGGGCAGGUGCAGGACCCUGGGCUGUGAUGGCAGGAUGGACUCUGGGCAGGUGCAUGAUGUGUGCCAGGUGUGUGGGGGAGAUGGCAGCAGCUGCAGCCCCCAGAACGGCUCCUUCUCGACCGGCAGAGCCAGAGAGUAUCUGACGUUCCUCACUGUCACCCCCACCGUGACCAGUGUUCACGUCGUCAACCACCGGCCUCUCUUCACACACUUGGCGGUGAGGGUCCGAGGGCAGUACGUCGUGGCCGGGAACAUGAGCAUCUCGCCCAGCACCACCUACCCCUCAGUCCUGGAGGACAGCCGCCUCGAGUACCGGGUGGACCUCACAGAGGACCAGCUGCCCCAGCGGGAGGAGCUGCACAUCCGGGGCCCCGUGCGGGCAGAUGUGGAGAUCCAGGUGUACAGACGUCAUGGUGAGGAGUUCGGUGCCCUCGCUCGCCCUGAAAUCACCUUCAGUUACUUCCAGUCCAAGCAGGCACAGCUGGGAACAUGGGCGGCUGUGCGGGGGUCCUGUUCGGUGAGCUGUGGGGCAGGGCAUCGCUGGGUGACCCACGUCUGUCUGGCCCAGAAUGAGCUGGUGGAGGCCGCCCUCUGUGGAAGGAGACUCGAGCCCCCGGCGUGGCUGGAGUCCUGUGCCCCUGCCCCCUGCCCCCCACAGAAGGAGGUGUUGCUCCCUGGCCCGGCCACAGGGAACAGGCCGUGUGUGUCGGGGGCAGAAGGUAAGGAGGCUCAGGUGGCUGUUGGGCCAUGUUCCACAGACAGGAAGCCACCCACGCCCCCAGCCUGCACAGGGACCAUGUGUCACCAGCCAUGGGGCCAGGUGGCCUCCACGUCUUCAGGGGAGGAAGCGCCAUCCCCUCUGAGCAGCAGCUGGCCAGGGGUGCUCCCCGCACAUGUGUGGACCCUGCGUGGACCUUGUUCUGUCUCCUGCGGCCGAGGCCUGAGGGAGCUGCGCCCCGUGUGCAUGGACCUCGCCCUUGGCACGGCUGUCCCGGAGGAGCUGUGUGACCCUGAGGGCAGGCCUGGGAGCCGGCAGGAGGCCUGCCGGGCUGCCCCGUGCCCUGCAAGGUGGGAGGCCCGAGCCCUGGCUCCAUGUCCAGUGACAUGUGGAGGAGCCCGAGUGCCCCUAGCUGUGCGCUGCGUGAGGCCCGAUGGCAGCCGCACCCUCCCACUGCCCCACGCCAAGUGCUGGCGGCUGCCCCGGCCGGGCCCCCUGGAGGACUGCAGCCUGGAGCCCUGCCCCGCCAGGUGGAGAGUCCUGCCCCCAGGUCCCUGCUCAGCCAGCUGUGGCAUUGGCACCGCCCAGCGCUUGGUGUCCUGUGUGCGGCUGGACAGAGACCUCGAGAUAGAGCUGGAUGAGGUGGCCUGUGUAAGUCUGGAGCGGCCACAGGCCACCGUCCCCUGCUUGCUGGCUAACUGUGACUACCAGUGGCACGCGGGCACCUGGAUGGAGUGCUCCGUCUCCUGUGGAAAUGGCAUCCAGCGCCGGGAGGACACCUGCCUGGGACCCCAAGCCCCUACACCCGUGUCGGCCGACCUCUGCCAGCACCUGCCCAGGCCGGUGACAGUGCGGGGCUGCUGGGCAGGGCCCUGUGAAGCUCAGGGGACGCCCAGCCCUGCACCAUCGGAGAUAGUGACCACUGCAGGCCAGACCACGGCCCCCUCAGCUGGAGCUGGUUCAGAGCAGCCGCAGGCCCAGGCCCGCCUGCUGCCUCCAGCAGCCCAGCCUCACAUGUUCCUGCCUCGGGAAAACCCUGCAGGGUCCAGUGUCUGUGGAAGGCAGUUCCUGGAGCCAGCAGGGACCAUUGACCUUCGAGGACCAGGGCAGACUGACUGUGUGGUGGCCAUUGGGCGGCCCCUUGGGGAGGUGGUCACCCUCCAUGUACUCGAAGGCUCCCUCAACUGCAGUGCUGGGGAGAUGCUACUGCUCUGGAGCCGUCUCACGUGGAGGAAGGCGUGCCGGAGGCUGGCCGGGGCCACCUUCAGCUCCAGAGCCAACACGCUGGUGGUCAGGCAGCGGCGCAUGCGGCCAGGCGGCGGGCUGCUGCUGCGAUUCAUGGGCCAGCCCGCUGUGCACACAUCCCACCAAGAAUGUGACCUGCAGCUCUUUGGACCCCGGGGUGAGAUCAAGAGCCCCUCACUGAGUCCAGAUGGGACAAGCUCUGGGGGCUGCAGAGUCUUCAUCAACGUAGCUCCACAGGCCCGGAUGGCCAUCCACGCCCUGAUCACCGACACGGGCACAGGGGCCGUGGGGACUGGUACCAGCUACAUCUCGAUUCAGGAUAUGCACAGACUGCGGACCAAGACUUUCCGUGGGCAGCAGUCCCUGUACUGGGAGUCAGAGGGCAGCCAGGCCGAGGUGGAAUUCAGCAAGGGCUUCCUGGAGGCACGUGCAAGCCUGCGAGGACAGUACUGGACUCUCUACAAGACACAGGAAAAUGGGGACCUGGAAGAAGUGGAGCAGGACUGGGCCGGAGACUGGCUCAUCUGGUCAUUUAGACCCCUAGGCUAUUCCGGGGCAAGCAGUGUAGCCGCCAGGUCCCCCCCACCCCGCGUGCUAAUGAGCUGUCUGCGCCCCACUCCGGAUGUGGAUAAAAUCGCCUCCACUGGGGCUCGCCUCGCUCCUAUGCCAUACAAGGACACGCAGGACGACCUGGCCGCCAGGGUGUAA